AUGUCGAGCCUUCCGGAAGAGAUGUACCAUGAAAUUCUGUUGAGGUUACCAGCUAAAUCAUUACUUAUAUGCAAGUCUGUUUGCAAGAAUUGGUAUGCGCUAAUCUCUAACUCCGGUUUUGUUAAAUUGCACCUUUAUUUUACAACCCAGAAAGACAGCCCUAUUCUCAUGAUUGAAGGUCCUUCUUCUAGCAAGGUACUUUACUCCAUUGGUUAUGAUUCAUCAACAUCAUCAGUGAGUGAAUCUGGAGAUGCUGCUGCUAUUGAAAUGGAUUACCCAUUCAAAUCUUUGUGUUGUCUUGUUCGAUUGAUGGGAUCUUGUAAUGGUUUCGUUUGCAUAAGUACUGAUGACUACAAGUUGGUAAUAGGCACUGUAGAACCUCCUGAAAGCAAGGAUACUCUGGUGCAAGUCUAUUCAUUAGCAUCAAAUUCAUGGAAACCUGGGAAAACUGUACCUCUUAAGUUUCAUAUGCAGAAACAUGGAGUGUUUGUUGAUGGGCACUUUCAUUGUUUAGUGACACCUCAAGUUAAGUAUUUCUUACUCUCUUUGGAUAUCAGUGACGAGAGUUUCAAAGAAAUGCAACUAUCAGAAGAGCUUUUGGAGAAGAGUAAGGAUUUUUAUAUGAUUCUUGGAGUGCUGGAAGGGUUUCUUUGCGUAUUGUUCACCUCAUAUGUUAAUGGUGUUAGGACUCAUUGUGAAGUAUGGGAGAUGCUGGAUUAUGGAGUUGAAGAAUCUUGGACUAGACGCUAUAUCAUUACUCACGAGCACAUUACCAAUAGCUUUAUUGCAUUUGUAAGUCUUUUGUGGUCUUUUAGGGAUGGUAAAAUUCUAUUCAAGAGUUUUGGUUACCUGGUUUUGUAUGACCCAGAACAUGGAAGUGCUAGAAUGCUAACUAAGCUUAGCAGUAUCACCUGCCUAACCGUAAAUUAUAUUGAAAGCUUUCUCGAAUCUGGUACAUAUGUUGGGGGAGAAGCGCGGAUGGAGGAAUUAUGA